UGCGUUUGACGUUUAGCAAACACACACUUGCAUGUGCAUAGUGACAUUUUGUAGUUGGCAUUUUCAGCUGUUCAUUGCACCCAAACCGAUUUUUUGUUGGAAGCAAUUUUUGCAUGUUUGUGAAAAUUGUGCAAUUGAUUUGCAAAACAGAUGGAAGAAUGGAACUCAAAGUGAACGUUCAACUUAUAACAAUAACUAGUCUGCGCUAAACAAUCAAAUCGCCUGAACGUGGAAACAGUGUUAGUUUGAAAAUAUGGCUAGUUACCCACACUGCGCUGUGCGCGUUAAAGUCAAGAAAUGUGAACCAAAUGUUCCAUCGGAGUGGCGUAAAUUUAGCGUUGAUCCUCAAAUCACAUCACUGGAAGUGUUAUAUUCAUUACUAGCUAAAGCAUUCGAUAUCAAAUCGGAUUUCUCCAUUAAAUAUAAAGCUUUCGAUCCGGCAGGUAAUGAAAUGUACUUAUCCGUAUUAUCUGAUUGGGAUUUGGAUGCUGCUUUCCUGCGUAUACAUAAUCUCUCCAUACAAACUGCAACCGAACCGUGUUUAAUGCUUCAAAUCGACAUUAAACCAUUCACAGAGGUGAGGGAAUGGGAUGUUGAACCCGCAGCUACAACGAGUUUUACGCAUGCUGGUAGUGGUGUUAGCGGCAGCACAAGUGUCAGUGCACUCUCUCCGAAUAUCUCACCGAAUACAAGUGUGCGUGAAGCAAUAUCGCCGCUGCAACAAUCUAUUGGUGCAUCACAGAAAUAUGUGCAGAAUAUGCAGACAAAAUUACCAGGCCUUAUAAUGAACCAUAUGGAGAAGACAUUUUCAAUUGUGCAAAAAGCUUUUAAUCUAUCAGAGGAAACAAUGGCUUCAUUACCACCGCGACCGCCCUUAGCCGACAAUGAGUUUCGUUUGUUUUUAGACGCUCUUGGUCAAAUAAAACGGACCGAUGAAUUGCGUAAAGUUAUUUUUCUUGGUGGUAUCGAUCCGAGUUUGCGGCGUGUUGUGUGGAAACACAUUUUAAACGUCUAUCCACAUGGCAUGAACGGGCAUCAACGUAUGGAUUAUAUGCGCAGAAAGUCCGAACAAUAUAUAAAACUACGGGACACAUGGAAAAAUGCUGUCAAGCAAGGUUGCAUCGCUGGUGAAUUGUCCUAUGUUACCAGUAUGGUGAAGAAGGACGUUUUACGUACAGAUCGACUGCAUCCUUUCUAUGCCGGCAGCGAUGACAAUCAAAAUAUUGCUUCCCUUUUCAAUAUUUUAACAACAUAUGCACUCAAUCAUCCCUCCGUAAGCUAUUGUCAGGGCAUGUCGGACAUCGCCUCCCCACUAUUGGUGACUAUGAAUGAUGAAGCGCAAGCCUAUAUCUGUUUCUGCGCCAUAAUGUCACGCGUGAAGGGUAAUUUCAUGUUAGACGGCAUAGCAAUGACGCAGAAAUUUGCGCAUCUCACCGAAGCGCUGAGCUUUUACGAUCCUGAAUUUUGGGAGUACCUUAAAGCACAACAAGCCGAUGAUCUGCUCUUCUGCUAUCGCUGGCUAUUGCUGGAGAUGAAACGUGAAUUUCCAUUCGAUGAUGCGCUACGCAUGCUUGAGGUGCAAUGGAGUUCGCUGAAGUAUGAGACUAGUAUUUGCAAAGAACUGAAUCUAUAUGAAAAGGAGUUUGUGCCUAUUUCGGAAAGUCCCGCACCGACAACUUCCAGCUCAUUAUCAAGCUCGUACGGUGCGCCCAUUAGUCCCUCGUAUUUGUUGGUGAAGUCGCGUGAAAAUCCCUAUACCAAGGUAUGUGCUUUGCGCCGGCAAAGCUCUUCAGCCUCAUUGACUUCGCUCAGCUCAUCGCUUAGUGCAGGUGGUGGUGGAGUGAUAAAUAACUUGCGUUUGGAUGCAACGAAACGUCUUAAUCAAAGUCUUGACGAUAAUAUGCCUCGUGCAGUUGCCUGUAGGCGACGACAUUCAUCCAAGGCGCACCAAAGCUUAGACGAAUCAAAAAUGUUGUUGCUAAUGGAGGGCAUGGAAGAUGUUAAAAAUGCUGAAGCGAAUAACUUAACGUCCAUUACUAAAGACCAAGACGACGAUCAGCAAGGGGAGUAUGUGGAGGAUGAUGAUGUUUUCAUCAGUGCUGUUAGUAGCGCAAAUGUUGAAACAAAUGACAUUAAUCACUUUACAUUUCAUCCAACCAAUCCCUUUAAAGAUGAUAGCCUCAUUGGGGAAGAGCCCGUCAUAGAGUCGUCUGGGCCACCAACACAACUGCCGGCAAAAACAAUACCAGAUAGUGUAACUAUGGGUAACGCGAAUCUAAUUGGUGUUGGUGCUGAUGAAAAUGGUCUAAUCGGAAAGCUCCCACAACUUCCAAAAGGAAUUGCCAAACUGCAAAAUAAAAAUAUUCUGUCGAAUUACAAUACUGUGAGCAAUAUAAUAGCCAAACAAAUUGCAAAUGCUUCCAAUGUAAGUGAGAGCGUAAGACGUGUGAGCAGCGGUGGUGGUGGUCACUUUAAAGACCUCAAAGAGAAAAUAGCGGCCACAAGCAGAAAAGGCAUGUCUUUUGACGAAUUGAGCAACACGGAAAAAUCUCAACAGAAAUUGGUGAAAAACUUUAAUGAAUUUCUAAAUUUUGCUUCAAUAAAUAAAAAUCGCAUUGCCGAUAAAUUCGCUCCAACAACCCAACCCAAUCUGAGCGGCAACGUUAACAACGACAGCGGCAACAGCAUCAUCAACAUAAAAACACAUAGCAAAGAUAAAUCCAAGACACCAUCACCCACGCACGCCUACAAGUCAACAACUGCAGCACACACCACGACACAUCCACUCGUACAGUUAACACGCAGCGGCUUCGUCUCUUCACUAGACGAAUCCGAUUCAUCAUCUGUGCCCGACACAACAUGGAGCGGCGACACAGCAGCAACGGCAAUACAGCAGGCCAACAAUGCGAGUAAUAACAGCUUACAUAUGGAACUGUCAUCGCUUAGCUCUUCGGCAACACACACGCCUGAUCGUACACCCACAGGUGAACGAAAAUCUGAAGUAGCAGAUGGCUGUGAAAAGUUCGAUAAUACCGCACCAGCUGCUGUGGUUAAACCACAUACGCCAAUAAAAAAUUUGCCCGCGGAACCAAGCUUGACACCCGAUGAUAGCCAAGAUCAAGAGUAUUAUCCAAUGACGACAGCCAUUACACGAGAGUUGCGUUUAGAGGCGGAAAAUUUGGAUCGGCAAGUGUUUGGCGACCCCCCCUUGAAUAAGCAAGCAGCAGUGAAUAGUGAUUAUGAGUAUGAAAAAUUGGAUAAAGACUCUCUAGACUUGGUAGAGGACAUAAAAGAGAAUGAAAUUAUUGCAUGUCCUGAUAUUAGUGAAUUACUUAUACGUCGACGCAGUCGCAAUAGUCGCACGAGAAGUAGCAUAGAGCCACUGCAGCAUGUAGGCACAAGCACUGUGUGGCAAAAUGCCGAUGAAUUGCUUAACUCAGCAACCGAUAGCAAUUCAAAUGGCACAACCAAUUCGGCGGCAUCACCCACGCAUAAUCUACACAAUCCUUUCAUCGAUCCCGCCACAACCAAUUUGUUAAUGUGUGAUGACAUUGCGGGUGUAGUUUUGCCCAGCAGUAGUAGUUUGCCCGAGGUUUUGGUACCCAUUUCCACAGACAUCAUCAACGCUUCGCCGCCCGUAGAGUACGCCACGAACGCCGUCGAUGAAAUUGCCUUCACGAAAACACCACUGUCCAGUCAUGGCACAGCUAGUGAACGUGCCGCUUGUAGUGGCGACGGCGGUGCGAACUUAGUAGGCCCAACACCACCAGUUUUACCACCACCCACCGAAUUCGGUGGUGGCAAUCCCUUCCUAAUGUUUCUCUGCCUCACACUGUUGCUGCAGCAUCGCCAAACAAUUAUGAAAAGCGGCAUGGAUUACAAUGAGAUUGCAAUGCAUUUCGAUAAGAUGGUACGCAAGCAUGAUGUGACACGAGUCCUCAAUCAGGCACGUCGCAUGUAUAUUAAUUAUCUGAAAGAGCAAAAUGCAUAUAAGCAACGACAGCAGCAGGCAGCUGGCGAUGCAACGGGCAAUGAUAUAAACAGGAAUUCCAAAACGAACGAUGUGACUGUUGCACAGCAGCAACAACGCGGAGGCGGUGGCACUAACUAUGCUCGAACAGUGACUAAAUCGUAGAGAAAAUAUGUGAGGAGGGCACAACGCAACUAAAGAAAGAAUACUGAGCAGCUCUAAAGAAACACCAAAGAAUUUUUUAGAUCAUUACGUAAAUAAUCGCCACGAAUUUGUUUUAUACCUUUAUGCUUCGUUUGUUAUCAUAUUUUUAGUUUACUUAAAAAAAAAAAAGAAAUUAACUCUUCUUUGAAAAGAAACUAUUUUUUUCAUAAAAAAAAAAAUUAUUUUAUUUUUAUGAAAUUUUUAAAAUGUUUAAUGAAAUUAAGUUAGAUUAGGUAAGCCUUUGUGCAUUCGAAGACUUUUAGAUAUAAAUAAUGCAGUUGAUCAGUAAAAGUAAUGCAUUUGAAACGCAAGGUCUAACUUGAAGCUUAUGAGAUUUAUGGCUUGAGAGACUGAA